AUGUAUCUCCUUAGUCUUCGUCUCACUGCUCUCUUAACAAUCGGAGUCUCUGCGUCUCCUGCCCUGGACAAACGCGCGAUAUCCUGCCUCAAGGUCGGCGCUACAGCAACAGCAUCAUGGACCAACGCAGCCGGCCAGUCAUGUCGCUGGACCGGCGUUGUAGGCAGCAACUUUGGCGCGAACAGCGUGAACGGUGGAGAGUACAGCUGUAAUGGCCGCUGUGGAGCAGGCUGCUCAGGAACCGCAAUAGGCAAUGCGUAUACACAGGAUUGCUUCUCGCACGAUGUGUGUUCGUGGUUCAACAACGCUAGUGGUGGUGCGAGCGAUCCCAAUUGUGGUGCUGCGUACAAUGCUGCGGUUGACGAUACAAUUGGCGGCGCGGUGACAGGCUGUGGGCAAACAAAUCCUUCGAAUGCUGCUGUCAAGCCAAGUACAAACCCGACGUGCUCGUAG